CACUCCACUCUCUGCUGGCGAAGCCGCCACCGCUCCCUUUGGUCAGCAGCACACCGGCCGGCGAGAGGCUUGACAGACAGAUCAACCACCACUGGCAUGGCUUCCGGCCUGGAAAACCACACCUGGUGGUGCUGCAACGGCACUGACCUGGCUACCACCGUCGACUCGCCCGCUUCUUUCGGCAGGGACAAGCACGAGAUCAACACUUUCUACUUCUAUGAGACGGAGCAGUUCACUCUUCUGUGGACGCUCUUUGCUCUCAUCGUCCUGGGAAAUUCGGCAGUGCUGGCCGCCUUGCUCUACACAAACAAAGGACGUAAAUCUCGCAUGAACUUUUUCAUCAUGCAGCUGGCACUGGCUGAUCUUAGCGUGGGGCUGAUCAGCGUGCUUACGGACAUCAUCUGGCGGAUCACGGUGGCCUGGAACGCGGGAAAUGCAGCUUGCAAGUUCAUUAGGUUUCUGCAGGCGAUGGUCACCUACUCGUCCACCUACGUGCUGGUCGCCCUCAGCAUUGACAGAUAUGACGCCAUCACUAGACCCAUGCGAUUCUCUGGCAGUUGGCAUCGGGCUCGAGUUCUGGUGGCGCUGGCGUGGUUCUUCAGCGUGCUCUUUUCCUUACCCAUUGUUCUACUUUACCACGAGACGCCAGUGCAAGGUCGGCUGCAGUGCUGGAUCGACUUUCCAGAGGCCUGGCAGUGGCAGCUGUAUAUGACGUUGGUAGCGUUCACCCUGUUCGUCAUUCCCGCCCUGAUUAUCACGGCCUGCUACACUGUCAUUGUGAUCACCAUCUGGAGGCAAGGCAGACAGAUGCAGGGCCCUCCACCAUCCGGAUCAACCAAAAACGGCGGAUCGAGUCAGCGCAAGGGCAAACUGUCGAGGGCCAAGAGCGAGGAGGAGGAGGAGCGCAACAGCCGAAGGGCCAGUUCCAGGGGCAUCAUCCCCCGCGCCAAGAUAAAGACCGUCAAGAUGACGUUCGUCAUAGUUUUAGUUUUCAUCGCCUGCUGGAGUCCGUACAUCGUGUUCGACCUGCUGCAGGUGUUUGGGCACGUGCCGCGGACGCAGACCAACCUGGCGGUGGCCACGUUCAUCCAGUCGCUGGCGCCGCUCAACUCGGCGGCCAACCCUUUUAUUUACUGCCUCUUCUCCAACAGCGUCGGCAAAACGCUGCGAUCUCGCAGGGGAAAUGCGCCACUGGCAGGCAAGGUGCUUGUGAAGGGAACGGCGAUGGUCGGAGGAGCGGCUGCAAGACUUUAAGCGUGUAAUUAAGAGCAUUUCCGCGUAAAUCAUGGUAACCGUAAAAUGUACUUUUCUAUUGUAUCGCUUUGUGUGCACGGUUCAACUCGACGGAGUCUGUGCGGGAUGAGAGAGCUUGGUUUUGAGGAAGAAAUGGAGCUAUAUAUGAAUUGAAAAGGCUUUUUCCAAAGAUUUGCUAUGCAGUGGACUCUAUUAACGUCAUUUUUUUAUGAUUUCUGUGACUUCUGAAGAUUGAACACUGAUUUCCAUGAGAUUUGGAUGUUGGAAAUUUCAAAUUUUCGGAUAUUGUUAUGCGUCAAAUUUACUCUUGGAAGUAUUUUAAGACGUUUAAAGCCGCAUCUAAAAUGGUGCAUUUGGAGCCCUAAACCAUCUUAAACUGCCAAAAACAUAAUAUAAUCACUUGUGAAGCCUAUCAAACACCUAAAAACACGCAAAAUUAUCUACAUUUUAGGCGCAUUUAGGGGUUUUCUACAAAAGCUAUAUAUUUCACGUUUUUUUUAAAUAAAUUUUAAACUUUUCGGAACCUGAAAAUUCAAGAGAAAAUAAAAAAAUGUAAAUUUUACAAGUAAAAGUUCAACCAUUUUAGCAAUUUCUAGUUUUCAAUGCAAGAUAAUCACGAAAAGCGGGAUUCAUAACACAAUUUUCUUGUUGUUUAAUCCAGUCUUUUUUCAAUUUUAAUGGUUUUGUAAUCGGAAACGAAUGGUCUAGCUGAGUUAAACUAGUAUAACUUUUUAAGAGCUUUGGGUAAUAGUUUUGGACCAAUCAAAAAGUACUAUUUCGAUCGAUUUAUUUAUUUUCAUUGAAAAUAACAGAAAAGAGCCAAUUUCGAAAUUUUUUGUGUAUUUUAGAAGAAAAAUCACAUUUUAAAAUAACUGCAUCCCAACUCAACCCCAAAGAAUGAUAUAACUGUCAUGAAAACCAGUGGGGUAAAAUGUGCAAAGAAAUUAUAAAUCCUUUAAAUUUUAGCUCAAAACCAUUCCUUUUUUGUUGAAAAACCAAAUAAAAAAUCUUAUAGAAUCUUAAUAAUACCAAUUUUUUAAUGAAUAUUAAUAGCAAUUUGAAUUUGUUUAAAAUUUCUUGUUUAAUCAGUAUUUGUAAAUAUUUUUCCAACUUCCCUCUCUGACGAACAAUCCGCACGCUCUCCAAUUCAAUGCAUUUUAAGUACGUCCUUAGCUCGUCCGUAUGCUAAUGAGAUACACACAGCAAAAAUGGCUCUCGUUUCAUCUCACAGUUCCGCUGCUGAUUAUAAGAACAGUUCCAAGGCUUCUCAAUUCCAGCAACCGUAAAGCGGCCGUCGAUCUCCUUUGAGUUGUUGUUGUUGUUGUCUUCGCAAAUGAUUUAUGCAUUUUCCGAGGCGGCAACAAAAGAUCGGGGGCCGUUCCGACUGCAGGUCGUUCGUUUCGCACAAUUUUAUCUUGAGGCGAACGCGCGCACCGCGACUCUCUCGGCGCACAAUCAUUGCAAUCGGUACCAUGCAUAUAUACACACGUUUUGUUCGCGAGUGAACAAUUUUAUCUGUUUGGAAUGCGGCCAAUGUAAACAGAGAAGUGACUCCAAUACAUAGACAAUGAGAGAGCUGGAGGCAGCGCUGCCGAGCAAGUCCCGCGUUUGUGACCUGGAAUACAUAAGGAAAGGGCGGCAGACGCACUCGUCGUCGCUGCUAAUUUGUCUGUCCGCUUCACGGCAUUGCAAUCAAUUUUUGGCUCAUUUCCCUGCAGCCCCCACUUCGUGGAUAUUUGUGCUGAGGUACAAGCAGAAGCUGAAUUUAUUAUACGUCUUAAAUUAAGAGCAUUCGCCAAAUGAUUUUUAAUUUAAGCAAGCUUUUCAAGCUCAACUUUCUUUCAAACAGAAUUCCUCAACACUUAGUUUUGUUUCAAGACUGAUAAUUCUAAUAGCAUCAGAGUAAAAUGAGAAUCUGCAAUUUUUUAAAAUAGUUUGAGCUGGCAAUGCAAAAAGAACAGGUGGGUCAGCUCAAUCCUCAAACGAAUAAGACUGAAGACAGUUUAAAUCGAUUGAAUUUUACUCGCGGCUAUUUAAUUCUCUUCAGUGUCACCAGUUAAACUUGAUUAGCCGUUUUAGCUGUGUUAUUGUCUAUUAAUCACUAUUAUUGCUGUCUAUGAUACUGGAUGUGAUGUUGAUUAGCGACUAUUCAAGCUAUAAUUCUUCGAAACAUGUUGUAUUUGUGUAUAUUUAAAUGUGGCGCAAUAUCUUGUUACGAUCAGUUCUAACAGCAGCUGCAUUUCCGCACUUGUGUUGAAAUGAGAAAUAAUUAUUAUAACUUUUGAAUAAAACGGCAAAGUCUCUAUUUUCCAGGGGUUAUACAAAUAUAUAUAUGGAUCUAGAAAUGUACUAAAUAUAUGAUAGAAUAUUAAGCGGUAUUAAAACUGACCAUGAGCCAAGAGCUAUAUAUAUGAUACUUUAAUAACACAACUCACGCUCAGGGCUUUGGAUUUGUUUUAAUUUCAAAAUUAAAAUGUUUCAAUAUGCAACUAACAAUAAAAUUGCUAUGUGAAUUCCAGGGCCCUUAAUUAUAGAAUUAAAGUACUUAAUUUUAAGGCAAAGAAGCGAUAAAUUAUUGAAAACAUAGAUGUAUUCUGGAAUAUCUGUUAUGUGACAAACAAUGGACAUUUAAUAGUAACUGAGAGGCUUUUACGAAUAAAUCUGUUCCGUGUAUAACAAUUUGAGUGUCAUUUUUAU